CCGUUAUUUUUCUGGAAGAAUCACUUCGACUUGCCACUUGCCUGGCUGAUCUAAGAUGUUCUGAGGAUUCUCCGAGGACUUAUGAGCUAAUAAUGCUUAGGGAUUUCGUGUCCCGAAGAACUCUUUAAUCCUGUGCUUCCGAAUCCUACUCUAAGCCAGACCUUCUGUCACAGCCCAAGAGUUACCGGCAGUUUUUGAAAGCUCUUCCAAGCGAGCAACCGUUCUGUUCCAUCUUUGGGGGAUCUUGUGAGGUGCCAUUACCAGGAUGUAUCUCCUCGCUGGCACUGGGUCCCAGGCGGUGCUCUGAGGGUGUUCCUUCCUGGAAGAGCAGCGAAGCAAAGCGAACCACACCAUGGGCGAGAUCAGCCAAGAGGCCGUGGAGAAAUACCUGGAGGACAACCCUCAGUUUGCCAAGGAGUACUUCGCCAAGAGGCUGCCGGAAGCCCCCGGCCCGAGCAGGGCGCUGUCGCCGGCGGAUGAGUGGGCCCUGUGCGCCGAGCUGCUGCGGGCGGUGAAGGAGGAGGCCCGUGGAGCCGAGCCCGCGGUGCACGGGGCCCUGCAGAAGCUGGCGCAGCUGCUGCAGGCCGACCGCUGCAGCCUGUUCGCCUGCCGGGCUCGCAACGGCACGCCUGAGGUGGCCUCCCGGCUGUUCGACGUCACCCCCACCUCCAGGUUUGAGGACAACCUGGUGGGCCCCGACAGAGAAGUCGUGUUCCCGUUGGAAAUUGGGAUAGUGGGUUGGGUUGCUCACACGAAGAAAGCCGUUAAUGUCCCAGACGUGCACAAGAACAGCCAUUUUUCUGACUUCAUGGACAAACAAACCGGCUAUGUCACAAAGAACCUGCUGGCAACACCAAUCAUGACAGGCAAGGAGGUUCUUGCUGUGGUUAUGGCAGUUAACAAAGUAAAUGCAUCUGAAUUUUCCAAAGAGGACGAGGAGGUCUUUUCCAAAUACCUCAGCUUUGUUUCUGUCAUCCUAAAACUUCAUCACACCCAGUACCUGUACAGUGUUGAAUCCCGGAGAAGCCAGAUCCUUAUGUGGUCUGCCAAUAAAGUAUUUGAAGAGCUCACAGAUGUUGAGCGGCAAUUUCACAAAGCACUCUACACAAUUAGAACAUAUCUGAACUGUGAACGGUACUCCAUCGGACUGCUGGACAUGACCAAGGAGAAGGAAUUCUAUGAUGAGUGGCCAAUCAAACUUGGAGAAGUCGAGCCUUAUAAAGGUCCAAAGACACCAGAUGGCAGAGAAGUCAUCUUUUAUAAAAUCAUCGAUUACAUUUUACAUGGAAAAGAAGAGAUCAAAGUGAUCCCGACACCUCCUGCAGACCACUGGACUCUCGUUAGUGGGUUGCCGACCUAUGUUGCUGAAAAUGGAUUUAUAUGUAACAUGCUGAACGCCCCCGCAGAUGAGUACUUCACCUUUCAGAAAGGACCUGUAGAUGAAACUGGCUGGGUCAUUAAAAAUGUCUUAUCCCUGCCUAUUGUCAACAAGAAAGAAGAUAUUGUGGGAGUAGCUACAUUUUACAACAGGAAAGAUGGAAAACCUUUUGAUGAAUAUGAUGAACACAUUACUGAGACUCUCACACAAUUUCUUGGAUGGUCUCUUUUAAAUACUGACACCUAUGAUAAAAUGAAUAAGCUAGAAAACAGAAAGGAUAUAGCUCAGGAAAUGCUCAUGAGCCAGACCAAAGCUACUCCUGAUGAAGUCAAGUCUAUUCUGAAAAUUAAAGAGAAGUUAAAUAUAGAUGUAAUUGAAGACUGUGAAGAAAAACAACUUGUCACAAUUUUGAAAGAGGACUUGCCAGACCCACAGACAGUGGACCUGUACGAAUUCCGCUUCAGUGACUUCCCCAUCACAGAGCACGAAUUGAUUAGGUGUGGGCUGCGACUCUUCUUUGAAAUAAACGUGGUGGAGAAAUUCAAAGUACCCGUAGAGGUUCUUACCAGGUGGAUGUACACCGUGAGAAAAGGGUACCGGUCCAUCACUUACCACAACUGGAGGCACGGGUUCAACGUGGGGCAGACCAUGUUUACCUUGCUGAUGACAGGGAGACUAAAGAAAUACUAUACGGAUCUUGAAGCCUUUGCCAUGCUCGCUGCUGCUUUCUGCCAUGACAUUGACCACAGAGGCACCAAUAAUUUGUAUCAGAUGAAAUCCACAUCUCCAUUAGCAAAGCUUCAUGGAUCUUCCAUUCUGGAGAGGCACCACCUGGAGUACAGUAAGACUCUACUGCAGGAUGAGAGUUUAAACAUCUUCCAGAACCUAAAUAAACGCCAGUUUGAAACAGUUAUUCAUUUGUUUGAAGUUGCAAUAAUAGCAACUGACCUGGCUUUAUACUUCAACUGUAUCUUUUUUAGGAAGAGAACCAUGUUUCAAAAAAUUGUUGAUGCCUGUGAAAAAAUGGAAACCGAGGAAGAGGCCGUCAAAUAUGUAACCAUUGAUCCAACCAAAAAAGAGGUUAUAAUGGCAAUGAUGAUGACUGCAUGUGAUCUGUCAGCUAUAACCAAACCCUGGGAGGUACAAAGUCAGGCGAGUACAGUGGCACUUCUGGUUGCAAAUGAAUUUUGGGAACAAGGAGAUCUGGAGAGGACUGUGCUGCAGCAACAGCCUAUUCCUAUGAUGGACAGAAACAAAAAAGACGAACUACCCAAACUUCAAGUUGGAUUUAUUGAUUUUGUUUGUACUUUUGUAUACAAGGAGUUCUCACGGUUUCACAAAGAAAUCACACCAAUGCUGACUGGUCUUCAGAACAACAGAGUAGAAUGGAAAUCCCUGGCUGAUGAAUACGAUGCAAAGAUGAAGGUAAUUGAAGAGGAGACAAAAAAGCAGGAAGAAGGAAACAUGGCUGCAAAAGCCACAGAAGAUUCAGGAGGUGGCAGUGAUGACAAAAAGUCCAAAACAUGUCUAAUGUUGUAAUAUAAUCCAACUGGUCUAAAUUUCAAAUAUUGUUUCUACUCCUGAAGAAAAACAGAAAACAUGCAAAAGAACUUCAGCGAAUUUCAUUCAGCAAACCACGAACUAAGAGAGUAAAAGAUCUUCAGAUAAACUACCCUUGUGACCACCAAAAGAAAACCUAUUGCUAGCAUGAAACCCUGAGGGUAAAAUAAAGUUCAACAGAAGUGGAAAAUACAAGACGAAAACAAGUGCAUUUUUGGUGCCAAUUUGCUUUAAAUUAAAAAUAUACAAUCCUGAAA